ACCACCACAGCUGCACCCACAACCACCACAGCUGCACCCACAACAGCCACAGCUGCACCCACAACCACCACAGCUGCUUCUACAUUAACAAAACCUGUGGUUCUAACAACCACAGCCAUCCCAACAACAAUGACUGUUGCAUUAACAACAUCCACAGCAUCCACCACAACAAUUAAAGCAGCCCCAAUGACAACCACAGCUGCUGCUACGCAAAAAAAUGUUGUGGCUACAACAAGCACAGCUGUACCCACAACAACCACAGCUGUUCCCACAACAACUGCAGCUGCUCCCACAACAACCACAGCAGCACCAACAACAAUUACAUCUGCGGCUACAAAAACGAAAACUGCACCCACAACAACCACAUCUGCUCCUGCUACAGCCACUGCUUCUCCCACAAUAAAUAUACCUGCUCCCACACCAACCACAGUGGUGACAACGAAAACACCUGCGUCACCCACAACAACCACAGCUGCUUCCAAAACAACCACAGCUGCUUCCAAAACAACCACAGCUGCUUCCACAACAACCACAAGUGCUCCCACAACAAAUCCAGUUGCUCCCACACCAACCACAGCUGCUCCCAAAACAACCACAGUUUCUGCCACAACAAUAACAGCUGCUGAUAUAUCAACAAAAGCUGCCCCCACAACAGCCAGUGCUGCUCCCACAAAAACCACAGCAGCACCAACGACAACUACAGCUGUGGCAACAACAACCACAGGUGCUCCCACAACAACCACAGCUGCACCCACAUCAACCAGAGCUGCACCCACAUCAACAAGAGUUACUCCCACAACAACCAGAACUGCUCCCACAAUAACCACAUCAACAGCAACGACAACUAUGACUAAAACAACCACACCCUCCCCCACAACAACCACAGCCACUCCCACAACAAUCACAGCAGCACCAACAAUAAUUACAUCUGCGGCUACAACAACCAAAGCUUCUCCUGCAACAGCCACUGCUGCUCCAACAAAAACUACAUCAGCACCAACAACAAUUACAGCUGUAAGUGCACCUACCACAGCUGCACCAACGACAUCGUCAGUUGUGGCGAAAACUACUAUAGCUGCACCCACAUCAACCACAGUUGGUCACACAACAACCACAACUGCACCCACAACCACCACCGUUUUUCACACAACAACCACAGCUAUUCCCACAACAACAACAACAGCACGAAUGACAACUGCAGCUGGGGCUAAAACAACAACAGCCAUUCACUCAACAACCACAGCUGCACCCACAAUAGCCACGGUUGCUCCCACAACAACAACAGUUGCACCAAUGACAACCACAGCUACUGUAACUACCAGCACAGCUGCCUGCACCACAACUACGGCUACCUCCACAACAACCACAGCUGCCGCCACAACAACAAUAGCUGCAGCCACAACAACUUUAGUUGCACCCACAACAACCACAGCUGCUGCAACAACAACCACAGCUGCUUCCACAACAACCAUAUCUGCACCAACGACAACCACAGUCGCUGCUGUAACUACUGCCACAGCUGCUCCCACAACUACAGCUAACCCCAGAACAACCACAGCUGCAUCCACAGAUCCCCCACAACCAAAUGAGGGGUACCUGGUUCUAGAAUUUCGCAUUAUGCGUGUUUUCAUCUCAGCCUACAACAACCCUGAGUCCCAACAGUAUAAAUAUCUGGUUUAUAAUGUCACAACUGAGUUGAAUCGAGGGUACAAGUUGAUGUAUCCUUUCACUUUCCUGAGAUGCAUCGUCAUACAUUUCUGGAAUGGGUCUGUGGGUGUGCAAACCAACUUGAUCUUCAAGAACCAGACAGUGGUUCCUACCAUUACCAGUGCUGAGGAAUCCCUCAAGAUGACCAUCAAUACAUCAACCGUCUUCCUGAAUGUCAUAACUAGCAGUAUCAUUGCAGCUACACCAAACAUCACCAACACAUUGGCUACCACUGCUGGGACAGCUACAACAACUGUUGCAGCAACAACUGUCACAACCAAUACUGCCACAGCAAGUACAACCAGCAGUGCAAUGUCAAGGAGCAGACCUCUGGAUCUGCUCACUUUUCUACUCCCUUUCUCUCUUGUCUAUUUCCUUUCAACAGGGCAAUGGCUUUUCCAGCGUUAAAUUCAAAUAGGUUGUAAAUAUCGUAUGAGACAGAUAACCUAAACAUAGGCCUACUAAUACUAAUAGCCUUAUGAAAUGUACUCUUCUAUUAUCGAGUUGAAUGUAAUCAAUCCAAAAUAUGUUGAUAAAGCACAAAAAUAUAUAUCUUUCUGGAUUUAAUGAGUGAGUGAAUGAAUGACUAAUCCGCACUAAGGAGGGCUAAUAUGCUGUACACAAUUAAGUAUACACUUAACCAUAGUGAAUCAUAUUAAUGUACAUUUCUAUGUCUCUGUCUUUUCUAUGUUAUUAGCCAGGCUGAAACAUUAAAUGUUUGGAAAAUAAACAAUUGUGUACACAAAUAAAAAUUUCUGGACA